AUGAAAUGGGACAUGGAGCUCGAAGAAAUAGAAGCGGUGCUAGAAAAAAUAUGGGAUUUACACGACAAAUUGAGUGAUGCUAUUCACUCAAUUUCUCGCUCUCACUUCCUCAGCUCUAUCAAACCCCUCAAAACCAACAACAAGAAACUCAACAACGAAAGCGAUGUUGGGUUUGAAGACAACAACAGCAGAAGCAGCAAUCGGGCUUCUGGGUUCGUUUUUGUUAAGGAUUUUCGAGUUGAUGAGAAUGACUUGUCGGCUAUUCAAGAGGCUAAGAGUCUUAAUUCUAUUAGGACUGCUCUUGAGAAUCUUGAAGAUCAGUUGGAGUUCUUUCAUACUGUACAAAUACAUCAACGGGCUGAGAGAGACGCUGCAAUUGCUCGAUUAGAACAAAGUAGGAUCAUUCUGGCAAUGAGAUUGGCUGAACACCAUGGUAAGAAGUACCAAGUACUUGAAGAAGCAUUGGCUUUUGUUGGGGAUGUACAUGAUUCCAGCCGCUUUGUGUGCCCUGAAAACCUUUAUGGUUUGCCUAAAAGUCCGUCAGGUGAGAACCUGGUUCGGCAUGAAGAGAAGAGGCCAAACACAGUGAUCAAAGUUCUUCUUUCGAGUUUUGAAUUCGCAAAGAAAUCCCUCCAGUUGGAUCACGUGGGUGGCAUAUUGGGCAAUGCAGCUUUAUUCACAGUUAGCAUGAUUGCGAUGCUCCAUCUGCAUCAGGUAGCCCAAAAGGACCAUCCAUACAAGCAAGAAGAUCUUCUCUACAGCAAUAGAAAUGGGAAGAAAGCUUCUGGGCCAGAAGGAUCUUCACCCAAUGGUAGUUUGAACCACUUGGAUGUGAUGUUAGCAAGGGGUUGA